UGCAAAGCCUCAGUUCCACUCACAUGAAUGUCCUCAAUCCUCACCAUUUUCCCAUCUGCAAAUGUUUUCCCUCAUCCAUUAUUCCAUUGACCACCAUAUGACCAUCUCCCAAUGCCUCCACCGCUCCACGAGAACCAGAAAGCACCGUUCAAGCCCCCCUAAUCCCCCUCAUCAUCCAUUACACUGCCCUGCAGCACAGGGCCCACUCUCAGUAUGCCAGCCCCUGUUUAUAAUGAAUCUAUGAGCGACAAAUGGACAGAGAGCGAUGAAACAGAGAUGGGGGAGACUAAUAAUAGCAUCCAUUUACCAGAGAGAGAGAGAGACAAUACGAAAGAGAGACAAUAGGAGAGAGUGACAAUAGGAGGUGCAGUUAAAUAGGCGGACCCAUCCAAUCUUUGUCUCAUCUCCUCCCUGCAUCUCACUCUCUGGCUCAUGGUCCGUCCAAACUCUUUGUCUUCCCGUCUCGUUGUGUGUGAAAUCGCAUCACGAUGCCUGAACAAAUGUAGGUGCCCUGUCUUGUCUUAUUAUAGAUGUUGCCUACAAGAAUACAUACAUUAUAUGGGUACACACACACACGUGCAUGCAUGCUGCCGGACGUACACACAACCACAGAAAUGCAUGCACAAUUUAAUUGAAAUGGAUUGCAUAGAAUUAUUAUUUGUUCAUAUUUGUCUCUCUUCUCUUUACAGGCAAGAGGUAAGAUUGUAACCACGGUUUUGAAUCGUCAUGUUGUGAUCAGCAAUGAAUCAAAUAUAUUUUCAAGUUUUAUACAGCUCAUUCAUGUAGGCCUAUACACUUCCCUGUGUUUACUGUGUGUCAUCUAUUGUUUUCUUUGUCUAGAGGAAAUCCAAGAUCUCAGCUUCAAGGAAGCUGAUGCUCAAGAGUCUGAUGGUGGCAAAAGCUAAGGAGGAGCUGGAGCAGGAGGUCAUGGUCAAGGAGGAUGAAAAGGACAAGUACCUGUCAGAGAGAGCUCCUCCACUUCAAACGAGUGGCAUGACCAUCGGCCAGCUACAGGACUUGUGCCGAGAGCUUCACUCCAAGAUAGAUGAGGUGGAUGAAGAGCGCUACGACAUUGAGGCCAAAGUCAUGCUCAACACUCGGGAGAUCAAGGACCUGAACAUCAAGGUGCUGGACCUGAGGGGCAAGUUCAAGAGGCCCAGCCUGAGGCGUGUCCGGGUGUCGGCCGACGCCAUCCUGCGCUCCCUGCUGGGCUCCAAGCACAAGGUGUCCAUGGACCUCAGGGCCAACCUCAAGUCUGUGAAGAAGGAGGACACAGAGAAGAAGAGGCCGGUGGAGGACAGUGACUGGAGGAAGAACGUGGAGGCCAUGUCAGGGAUGGAGGGCAGGAAGAAAAUGUUUGAUGCUGCCAGUGGCCCCGCCCAGUGAGGGACCAGCCAAUCAGAAGGGAAGGAUGUUGGUUUUAUACAACACAUGGCUGACUGGAAGAGUGACUGACGAAUAGAGCUCAGCAGAUCCAUUACCCUCUUUUUGAAUUUUCCAAACCUAUUUGUUUUAUUUAGUGCUAUUUACAGGAGAAGUGAACACUGAACUAAGAUGAUUUCCAACCAGAGGGUAGUCAUAUAUAUGUGAGCGAUGUCAGUCUAAUAUUAGCAGUCAUUGUUUGAAAUAUGAGAAUUCCUUUUUUUCUGUUCUUGUUUUUGUUAUUUAAGAAAGAUCCAACUUGCUUUUACUGUAAUGAUCAAGUUUGUAAUUGCACAUUGUAAGGGAAAUGUGUGAGUUUCAAUAUGUGCAUCUCCACUGAUGCCAAAAUAAAAAAAGGUCAAAAGGAUCAAA